UUCUCAGUCUACACAAAAGGACAAAAGCUAUGGAUCAUCCUGCUGGUGUCCUUUGCGGCUACCUUCUCAGGCUUUGCCUCGAAUAUUUACUUUCCGUCCAUCCCAAGUAUCGCGUCUGAUCUCUCGUCAUCGAUCGAGUUGAUAAAUCUUACGGUGACGGGCUAUCUCAUAUUUCAAGGCCUCUCACCAGCACUAUGGGGCGCCAUCUCGGAUACUUAUGGGAGACGUAUCACUUAUAUCUGCACUUUCAUCGUCUUUAUUGCCGCCUGCGUUGGCUUAGCUGAGACAAGAAGCUAUGCUCAACUGUUAGUGCUUCGCUGCUUGCAAAGUACUGGCAGUGCAAGUACCAUUGCCAUUGGUGCUGGAGUGGUAGGCGAUGUUACGACUCGUGAAGAAAGAGGCAGCUUUAUGGGAUAUUUUCAGGCAGGACUUCUACUCCCGGUUGCCCUGGGACCUUUAAUCGGAGGAGCAUUGGCGGAUUCCCUAGGAUGGAGAUCUAUCUUCUGGUUCUUGACCAUCUAUGCCACCGCCUUCUUGCUUGUACUUGUCGCUUUACUGCCCGAAACGCUGCGGUCGCUCGUCGGCAAUGGCUCUGUUGCACCACCGAAGUAUGCUGUCUCUCUGUUCUCGGCUUGGUCCAUCAAGCACAACGGCGAACCAGAAGAUAGCAGCGUCACUCCUGCGAAACGCGUUAAUGUGCUGGGCAGCAUCACCAUUCUCACGGAACGCCGUCCACUGUCUGCCAUUAUGUUCGUUGGUCUGUUCUACAUGGUCUGGCAGAUGGUGGUCACUGUACUCUCUUCAGUAUUUCAGGCCACCUACAACAUGUCUGACCUUCAAGUAGGCCUCGUAUACCUUGCCAAUGGUAUCGGAUGUAUGGUAGGGACUCUUACAACAGGGAGUCUUCUGGACGUGGACUAUCGCCGUUGUAAGAAGCGAUUUGCUCGUUUGGAGUCGAACUUCCCCCUUGAGAAGGUCCGAUUACGUAUGAUCUACAUAUACGGGCCUCUGCAAUGCAUUGCUGUCUUGGUAUUCAGCUGGGUCGUGGACAAACAUAUACACGUCUCAGUACCCAUCAUUUGUCUCUUCUUUGUUGGGUGGGCAGCCACUUCAAUACAGAGCAUCGUAUCGACCUUCUUGGUUGAUCUCUACCCUGAUCGUAGCGCCUCAGCCACUGCAGCACUGAACAUUGUACGUUGUCUACUGGGCGCUGGUGGCACAGCUGCAGUCUCACCUGCUGUCCGAGCUAUUGGUAUUGGCUGGGCCUUCACGAUA